AGCAUGGGUCGGCUUGACGGGAAGGUCGUACUGCUGUCAGCAGCAGCACAGGGGAUUGGACGAGCAGCUGCUAUAGCUUUUGCAAAAGAAGGAGCCAAAGUCAUUGCUACAGACAUCAAUGGGUCUAAGCUGCAAGAACUGGAGAAGUAUCCAGGCAUUCAAAUACGGGUUCUGGAUGUCACCAAAAAGGAGCAGAUAGAAAAUCUCGCCAAGGAGAUUGAAAAGAUUGAUGUCCUCUGUAACAUUGCAGGGUUUGUUCAUCAUGGAACCAUUCUGGACUGUGAGGAUCAAGACUGGAACUUCACUAUGAACCUCAAUGUUCGCAGCAUGUAUUUAAUGAUCAAGACAUUCCUUCCUAAGAUGCUUAAACAGAAAUCUGGAAAUAUUAUAAACAUGUCUUCUGUGGCAUCCAGCAUUAAAGGAGUUGUGAACAGAUGUGUAUAUAGUACUUCAAAGGCAGCAGUUAUUGGUCUAACAAAGUCUGUGGCUGCUGAUUUCAUUGAACAAGGCAUCAGAUGCAACUGCGUAUGUCCUGGAACUGUUGACACCCCAUCUCUACAGGAAAGAAUCCAAGCCCAGCCUAACCCAGAACAGGCAUUGAAAGACUUUCUAGCCAGACAGAGGACUGGUCAGAUGGCUACUGCUGAAGAAGUGGCCCAUCUCUUUGUGUACUUGGCCUCUGAUGAAUCUGCCUAUGUGACCGGUAAUGAACUAAUAAUUGAUGGAGGAUGGAGCUUGUGAUGGACCCUACCUGCAAAUGGAAAUAUUUACCAUGAAAGGCAAAAAGUGAAGAUCAUGUUUCUC